AUGAGUGAUAUAGUCACAAAUCUUAUUCUAUCAACUCGUUGGCUUAAUAUUAUUAUUGGUAUACCCUUAUUUAUAUUUGGUAUUAUUGGUAAUAUUUUAACAAUAUGGAUAUUUACUCGACCUAGAUUUCGUCAUACAUCUUCUGUUCGUUAUUUAAUAGCUUGUUCAGUAGCUAAUUUUAUUCAACUUGCACAAACACUUUUACCACGUAUACUUACUGAAGGAUUUAAAAUUCCACUUAUUAAAUCAAAUAGUGAUUAUUGUAAAGCUCGUGGUUAUAUAGCAGGUGUAGCAACAUUAUGUUCUUUAUCUUUUCCAUGUUGGGCAUCAUUUGAUCAUUUUAUUAGUACAUCACGAAAUGCCACCACACGAAAAUAUUGGACAUCAAAACAAUUUGUUUAUUGUGCAAUAUUCGCUACAAUUUUAUUCUGGCUUAUUGUUCAACUGCCAAUAGUUAUCUUUACUCGAGCUAAUGGAGAAUCUUGUAUUACAACUAAUAUUAUCCAUACUUAUAUUCAAUCAUAUGGUAUUACUCCAUUGGUAUAUAGUAUAUUACCAAUGACAGCAGUAAUUUGUUUUAAUAUUGGUAUUGUAAAAAAUUUACGACGAUCAAGAGUUAUUAGUUUUACUAAUAUGAAUACUCGUUUAGCAAGACAAGUUCGACGAAUGUUAAUACCUCAAUUAAUUAUUCUUGUUUUAUCAGGAAUCCCAUUUAGUAUUCACUCAAUUUAUUCGUUAGCAACAAUAUCAAUGAAAAAAUCUUUAAUUCAAAAUGCAAUUGAAAGUGUUAUUUUACAUACUGUACGACUUUUAUUUUAUUUAAAUUAUGUUUGUUCAUUUUAUAUUUAUUAUAUAAUGUCAAGUGAAAUUCGACGAGGAUUUAAAAAUUUAAUUCGCCCAUCAAAUACAGUAUCACCAGAAGGAAUAAUAGCUUGA